UGAAAUUUCAACCCUUGUCAAGGUACCAGUAUUCUGCAGCUCAGGACUACAUCAGGAGUUGUUUUGUAAACAACAAUAAGCAAUAGAAUUAAUCGGCACUAUAAAUGCGUGAAUUUUGCAAAGAAGAGUGUUGGAGAACUUCCUAAAAAACAGAUUUUGAAGUCGGAUGUCCGAGGGAAAAAAUAUCCUCCUUUUGGCUUCUAUAUCAGGACUGUUUUCAAAAGCUCUUUGAUUACAAGUUUUCCAGAAAUAGCAGCGAGUAAAAGCUGGAUAAAAAGGGCUAUAAAGAUUUUCGUAUUCAUCAUUUGCGUUAUUGGCUUCACUUACCAAACGCUGAAUUUCUUGCAAAUGUAUUUCGCGUACCCCACCGUGGUAAAUGUUUUGGUGAGUAACCCGUUUGAGGUGGUUAAACCAGCAUUUACGUUCUGCAACAGAAACAGGGAAAGACGCUCUGUGGUGUGUGAAGAAGUGGAAUGUUCGAAUUCAUCAGUGAACGGGUUUUGCGAGACCUUUCCAAAGUACUGCCCAAAAGAUGGAAAAGUCCUUACAGACAUACCUUUUGUUAGGGAAUUGGGAGCAAAGAAUUUAGACUGGAAAAUAGCAAUGAAGAGGGCUCAUACUGAAGAAAUGAUAAAAGGUUGCCGGAUAAAGAUAGAAGGAAAGUCUUACAGAUGUAGGAAACCUUAUCGGCAGGUUCCAGCAGUGACAAUGAACGGACUACCGAACAUGUGUUACACUGUUGAAUCAUUGUGGGAAAAGCCAGAUGCAAAGCUGGAAACCUUUCCGAACACAUUUACUUACGAAAUAGAUUUGUGGACGAUGCCAGAGGAAUAUAUGAUGUACACGGCACCUGUUAUGGUCCAGACAGCAAUUCAUGAUCGUCGGAGACUGGUCAAUCCUUAUGCUGAAGGUUAUGCAUUGAAAGGUGGAAUACAAUACGAUGCAUUUGUCUCUAUGACUGAAAAAAAACUUCUACCGUAUCCGUACGAUACAAACUGCACGGACUAUCUGAAGCUGUGGAAAAGGAAUGGCGGAACAGGACCCCUUAAUGAAAUGAUGUGCAUUGAGUAUUGCAAGCUGCAAACUCUAUUGGAUCUGGGUUUAUGUAUUGACACGAAUGUUGCCUAUCCUCACAUGGAAACUCUUUGUAAAAGAAAUAUUUCUGUGACCAGUGAUAUCAUUAAGAAUUGCACUAUGCAGUGCGGGAAUCCAUGUAUAGACCACACAUACGAGAUUCGAUAUGAAGAAGUGGGCAAUUAUGAACGAUAU